ACACCAAAUCUGAGGUUUAUGUAGAAAUAGGAAUACAGCACCACCCACAUAUUUACUUUCAAAACUCUCUCAAAAGAAUCAAACUGGAUCUUCUUACUUUAGAAGGGAAAAGAAAAGAAUCAGACUUGAUCUGCUACCAUAUUAGGUUGACUACUUCCUUUUUCAGUUUUUCAAUCUUCUACGAGACCUCAAUUUACUGAAAUUAAAGCCCCCUUAUAAGAAUUCAAAUUUUUAAUUUCUUUCUUCUAAUAGCUUUAGAAUUCUAAAUUAGGUCUUUUUCACUUUCCCUCUUAGCUUUUUUAUUUUAUUUUCCUUUUCUUUACUGUUUUUCUUCAUGCUUUCUUCUUUUUCUUUCUUUCUCAAUAUUCUGUACUUUUGAUUUAUAAUUCUAGUCUAAUGACACAUCAAAUUAAAAAAAAAAAAUACAAGAAAAGAAAAUUUAAUGAUAAAACUGGUUAAUUCGUAAGUAACAUUUUAAAAGCUUAGCUCAAUGCUAUGUGCAUUAUCAGGACUUCAGUUAAAUUUUAAGAUGGAAUUUUCUUCCCUUGUAUAGAUUAAAAGGUUUACAUGAAGGAAUAAAGCUCUCCCAAAACAAUAAUAAAGCUUAGAUCUUCUACCAUUUCUCAGUUUAAGAACUGAUUGUUUCUUUUUCUUUUUUUCCUUUCAUUAAAUGCUAGGAACUAAUUGUUGACAGCUCUGUGAAAUUUUUUGACCGCUGUCUGAAAAGAAUCAGACUUAUUUUCUACCAGAUUUCAAGUUUUUGAGUGAGAUAAAAUCUCCCAGCCGGCCGAUAAAAAAAUGGAUUGGCGAGUUUUUCAGAUCUUGAUGUGCUGUAAAAUGUGGAACUUUUAAAAAUCUGGUUCCUUCUUCUACAUAAUCCAAAAUAGUGAGUUACAGUUGUUGUAUCUCUAAUUUGUUCUCAUAAAGUUUCCAAAACUGAUACGCAGGUUUCGAUGCAAACAAUAUGAGGAAAUACUAAUUUAUCAUCAACAUUUAUCAGUACUAAGCUAGCUUAUGUUAAUUUUUAAUGGAAAAUAAAUAGGUAAUGUAACAUAAGACCCUUCACCUUAAACAACCACAAUAUUGAUUAGCUAAACCUAACAUUAACAGAGUUUCAGGUUGAGUUUCAUAUCUUGCCAAGCUCAAAAUGAAUUCAGUGAAUGUCUUGGUCACAUCCAGAGAAACCAUUAAACCAUCAUCUCCAACUCCUCAAACCCUCAAAUGCUUCAAACUUUCCCUCCUAGACCAGCUUUCUCCUGCAGCAUAUGUUCCUAUGAUAAUUUAUUAUGCAUCAAAUAGUGAACUUGAUGAGGUUAAGAAUCAGGAAAGACUUGAUCUUCUAAAGAAAUCUUUGUCACGAACAUUGACCCAAUUCUAUCCAUUAGCAGGAAGAGUGAAAGAAAAUCUAUUCAUUGAGUGCAAUGAUCAAGGUGUUGAUUUCUUUGAAGCCAGAGUGAACUGUCCGCUUUCGGAAAUUCUUAGGCGACCCGAAGCUGAUGUCCUAAAUCAGUUUUUGCCUCACGAGUAUCAUGUCCCUGCUGCAUCUUCAAUGGAAUUCCAAGUAGCUAUUCAAGUAAAUACUUUUACCUGCGGAGGAAUAGCGAUUGGCACAAGCAUAUCGCACAAGCUUGUUGAUGGUAUCACAUUCACUUGCUUUAUGAACAAUUGGGCUUCAAUUGCUCGAGGCUCUGAUGAACAUUCGCCACCCGUUUUUGUUGGACCUCAUUUCUUUCCUCCAAAAGACUUAUCUGGGUUAUUUCCAGUGCUUGACAUACCACAGGCCAAGAACAUAACCAAAAGAUUUCUGUUUGAUCUCUCAAAGGUUGCUUCUCUAAGAGAAAGGGUCUUUGGUGGUUCAGGUAGUAAUGCCCCCAGUCGUGUUGAAAUUGUAUCUGCAUUAAUCUGGAAAUAUGCUAUGGAUGCCUCCAGCAGAGCAAAACCAUCGUCAGGAUGUAACAAAAGUCCAUCUUUUCUGACACAGACUGUGAAUUUACGUGCACGGAUGAAUCCACCAUUGCCAGAUUCCGCUGCAGGAAAUUUUAUUUGGCUGAUAAUAGCACCAGCACCAAGUGAUUUCAAGAAGAUAGAGCUACAUGAAUUGGUGUACCAAGUGCAAAAUUCUUUUAAGAACUUUAAUAGUGAGUUUGUGAAGAAAAUACAAGGUGAAGCUGGGUUAUUAGUGUUAGGAGAGACACUUGACCAAAUUGGAGAGCUUGUUUCGAGAAAUGUUGACAUAUACAGGUUUACUAGUCUAAGGAAGUUUCAGCUAUAUGAAGCUGAUUUUGGGUGGGGAGUGCCUGCUUGGGUGAGUAGUGCAGGAUUGGCAUUCAAGAAUGUUGUUGUGCUGAUUGAAACAAGAGAUGCUGAUAGAAUCGAAGCUUGGAUUACCUUAGAAGAAGAAGUAAUGGCAAUUUUUGAGCAUAACCAGGAGCUUCUGUCAUUUGAUUCCACUACUCAGAGUUCUUUCCUUAAUUCAAAUCUUUAG